AUGUGGUUUGCUAGACUUAAUGAAGAGUUGAAGUUGCUUGGUUAUGAACAAUCAAAGAAUGACUACUCCUUGUUCCUUAAAAAGACUCUUGAUCACAUUAUCAUUGUUGCAAUUUAUGUUGAUGACAUUAUUGUCACUGGUUCAGAUGAGGCUGGUAUUACACAUUUCAAGGAGCAUCUUCAUUCCACUUUCAGCAUUAAGGAUCUUGGCUUACUUAAUUAUUUCUUGGGCAUUGAAAUUAGUCAUCUCCCUACUGGUAUCUUGAUGACUCGGAAGAAGUUCACCAGGGAACUCCUCCAAGAUUGCCCCCUCACCCUUACAAAGCUUGCUAAAACUCCUCUCCCUACUACUUUCAAACUUCAUGUGGAUGUUGGUGACCCUUAUCCUGACCCUGAACUUUACAGAUGUCUUGUUGGCAAAUUGAAUUUUUUGUCUCAUACCAGACCUGACUUGUCUUUUGCAGUACAAGCUUUAAGUCAGUUUAUGCAUCACCCUCUUCUUCCUCACAUUCAAGCCUUAACCCAUGUUUUAAGUUAUAUUUCUCACACCCAAGGUCAAGGUAUACUUCUCAAGGCCACUGACCAGCUCACAUUGCAAGCCUAUUCUGAUUCUGACUGGGCUUCUUGCCCUAAUACUAGAAGGUCAAUCACAGGCUAUGUACUUCUGCUUGGCAAUUCUCCAGUCUCCUGGAAAUCAAAGAAGCAAUCAACCAAUUCUAAAAGCUCAAGUGAAGCUGAAUACAGGGCUAUGGCAGCCACAGCUUUAGAGACCACUUGGCUUGUCAGAUUGCUUCAAGAGUUAGGUGUCUCUCACCUUCAACGAGUGGCUCUUAACUGUGAUAACAUGAGUGCUAUUCAUAUAGGGAAGAACCCUGUCUUCCAUGAAGAACAAAGCACAUAG